AUGGAUUCUAUCGAGCCGGAACAAACCCCUUUUGCGGCUGUGAGCGCGCAGACAAGUCGGCUUACAAGACAAUACCAAGCAUGGCUUGACAAGUCAACACCAUAUGUCCCGUACAGAUGGCUAGGAACGUCUGCGCUUCUACUUCUCUUCUUCGUCAGGAUAUUCGUCGCACAGGGCUGGUACAUCGUUGCAUACUCAUUGGGGAUCUAUCUUCUAAAUCUCUUCCUCGCUUUCCUUCAGCCAAAAUUCGACCCUUCAAAUGAAGCUAUAGAUAACGAUAUGGAGGAUGGCUCGGCUGGCGGGCUUCCCACGAAACAGGAUGAAGAGUUUAGACCUUUCAUUCGAAGACUUCCAGAGUUUAAAUUUUGGCAUUCGGCUACUAGGGCGAUUGCGAUUGGGUUUACGUGCACGUGGUUUAGCAUAUUUGAUGUUCCUGUAUUCUGGCCUGUUUUGGUGGUUUACUGGUUGAUAUUGUUUACCUUGACGAUGCGACGACAAAUCCAACACAUGAUUAAGUACCGCUAUGUCCCUUUCACAUUCGGUAAGGCCAAAUACAACAAGAACAGCUCGUGA